AUGAAAGGCGCAAAGCAGGCGGGGCGAAAAGCGUCACCCAGUCGGGAAAAGACCUACGGUCAUCCAAGGUUUAUCAAGUUAUACGACUCAGGUUCUGAGUAUAGCAUGGAUGAUAAUGACGUGGGUCCCACAUUUGCUCACCUUAAAAACAUAAGAAUUUGCAAUGAAGAGAAAAAGAAAACGCUCAGUAAGAUAUGCUGCACCAAGAAUUACCUUUUCGUUGGUACUUGUAGCGUGUUCAGCCAAGUUCGCGUCUUUAAUUACAACAAUUUGAUCAACUCCAAAAGGGAGAGCGAAGAUAUGAGUAGUAUCCCCAUAGGAGGCGGCAAUAAGCAAACAAGUGAAGGAAAAAGUAAAAAAAAUAAAAAGGAAGAACCGCGUGGACAGAAUAAACACGGUGAACCCUUCAUCAGCUUAUGUGACAUUUACAGGGAGAGCAAAUUUUAUACAGCCAAACGGGACUACAGCAAGGAUAACAUGCUAAGCAUAGAUCUUUUACAGAAUAAAAAUAAUAGAAAAAACGUCAACAGAAGCAACAGUGUGCAUAAGAAGGUGCACCAAGGACAUUCCCCCAAUGAAGCGAACUCGAAGGAAAUUGCACCAAAGGGGGAAAGAAACAUCAGCGACAAUAUUUUAAAGGAGGAGAAAAAAAAGGAAAAAAAAACGACCCAAAUCGAUUUAAAGGACAAACUGAUGAAUUUCAACCAAAAGGGCUACCUAGAAUUAAGCGACAACGAAACAACCUUUCGGGAGGAAUAUUUAUACUAUGAUAAUUAUGCGGGGAUUCCCCCCCCAAAGAAGGGUACACACCCCAUUAGAAUUACAAACGAAAUGAGAGAAGAGGAAAGAAACAAAAGAGAAAAAGAAGAAGAAAUGGAAAAGAAAAAAAAAAUCGAAGAAGAAAAUUUUAGAAAUGAGCAAUUAGCAAAAAAUGGUUGCUACGUCAAUAAGGACAUGUUAGAAAUAAACGUAGAUGUAAUUAAGAGAAAAACAACACAGGUGAAUAAUUUGCUAGAGUAUAUGGGAGCUUUCGUUAAUGUAUCUUCCCCAAUUAUACUGAUGAAGACAAAUCGUGAGGAAAAUAUUUUAUCCGUUUUAACCUUCAUCGGGGAUGUGUACAGCUACGAUAUCAGUGAACAUUCGCUAAAACAGCUGAGGGAAAAAAGAAUUAAAAAAAUCGAAUUCUUUAGUAAUAUAGAGAAUUAUUUUAUGGAGCAAGAAAAAAAUAAUACAUCAAAUGAAUUUUUGGAGGAAGAUUUUUCAGAGGAGGUAACUGCAUCGCCAUUGUCUCUCUCCAAAUCGCAUUUCACCAAUUCGGUAAAAUAUUUUGAUUUCCUCCCAGAUGAUAAAACGCUAAUUUGUGUGGGACAAAAUCAGGAUUACUUCCUUUCAUUUAUUAACUGCCAAAAUGGGAAGAAAAUUAUCUAUAAUAAAAAAAUAAAAGUUAAAAAGCCUAGCCACAAUGUUGUCCCGAACGCCAAUAAAAUGAAUAAAGACAAAACGCUACCAACGCUCAUGCACGAUUUUAGCUAUGUAUACGUAGAUCGGGAGAAAAAAAAUUUUAAUGGUGAAAUUGGGAAUUUUGUCUACAUUGGAUCGUCCUGUGGUUUCUUAGUUUUCAUUUUUCUUGGAGAGAAGUUUCUGCGCUUUGUUAAUAAUUUACUGACGAAUGAACAGGUCAGGAGCGGAUCCCUUUUCACCUACGACGAAGGGGCCGAUGAGGACGAAUGGGGAAAGAUCGUCACCCAGAGCGUCUUAGGUAACGUGGACGAUGUGUAUACAGUAAGUAAGGACGAGUUGUAUGCGCUCUUCGGGGAUGAGCAGAACGUGGGCAGCGGUGCGAACAUGAAUGGGAUUGGCAAUCUGAGCAGCACUGCACAUCGACCCAUUGAUCAGGGCACAUCCCCCGACAACCCCAAGGAAAACAUUUUCAAAGAAGCAGAUCACAACUCCUUUUCUUACGCAUUAUGCAUUGCCAAGAAUGUAAAAAUAAAUUCCAUUAUAAGCCUGAACACACACAAAAAUGAGAACAUUCAUUUGAUUGUAGGGCUUAACGACGGAAGGUUGCUGGACUUCCUUUUUCAUAUAUCCCCGCACUUUACUCCCACCUCCUCUUCCAUCACGAGGUGUGCGUACUACCCCUUUUUGCGUCAAAAUUGUUCGGAAAAAGAAUCCAGUCAUAAUAAAUCCCAAACAAAUGGGAACACGGAAUGUGCUGCGGAUAAUCCGUCCCCUGUGGAUAAUAUUGACUUCAUACAAGAAUGCGAAAAAGAAUUGUAUGACUUCACAGGGUUACACAAGUCGAGCAAAAUAAGUAAAAUCAAUUUGUACCAAAGUAGCUCGCAACAUUUCCUUCUUUUUAUAAAUUCAAAUGUGAAAAGAAUUCGCGAAAUGUCCGAUAAAAAAUUUUACACAACAUAUGUGUUAAAUAUGUACAGUAAAAAAAUUAAUAUCCUGCAUGAGCAUCUUGCGUACAUUAUUGAUUCGUGUGUAUGUUCUCAUUUUUAUUUUUGCCUGGAUGACAAUAACACAAUCGCCGUUUUUGAUUCGACGCGCGAGGGGUAA